CAACAUUGUGAAUGUUCUAAAUGCCACCAAAUUGUGCACUUUAAAAGGGUUCAUUUUUUGUUGUGUGCAUUUCACGUCAAUAAAUUUUUUUCAAAAAGGAGAUCACAAAGUCUCAAGCCCUCGUUUUACAAACAAGGCCUUUGAGGCUCCAAGGGGAUCCUGACUGCAAGUGUGAGUCUGGGGGUACCAAGGGUGGCUGCGCCCCCCCCACCCCCGCUUACUGGUCCCUGCCCUCCCGCAGCCUGCUGAGGGAUGCCCAAGAAGUUCCAGGGUGAGAACACCAAGUCGGCAGCGGCCCGGGCACGGAGGGCUGAGGCCAAGGCAGCAGCUGAUGCCAGGAAGCAGAAGGAGCUGGAGGAUGCCUACUGGAAGGAUGAGGACAAACACGUCAUGAGGAAGGAACAGCGCAAGGAGGAGAAGGAGAAGCGGCGCCUGGAGCAGCUGGAGCGCAAGAAGGAGACCCAGCGUCUGCUGGAGGAGGAGGACUCCAAGCUCAAGGGCGGCAAGGCCCCCCGCGUGGCUGUGCCCAACAAGGUCACCCGGGCCCAGAUUGAGGAGACGCUCCGCCGAGACCACCAGCACAAAGAAGCCCCGGACACAGCCGAGAAAGCCAAGAGCCACUUGGAGGUGCCGUUGGAGGAGAAUGUGAACCGCCGCGUGCUGGAGGAGGGCAGCGUGGAAGCGCGCACCAUUGAGGAUGCCAUCGCGGUGCUCAGCGUGGCAGACGAGGCUGCGGACCGGCACCCAGAGCGCCGCAUGCGGGCGGCCUUCACUGCCUUUGAGGAGGCGCAGCUGCCGCGGCUCAAGCAAGAAAACCCCAAUAUGCGGCUGUCGCAGCUGAAGCAGCUGCUCAAGAAGGAGUGGUUGCGGUCGCCAGACAACCCCAUGAACCAGCGGGCCGUGCCCUUCAAUGCCCCCAAGUGAGCCCAGAACUGGGGGAGCCGCCCCACAGGCGGUCAGGGUCGUGACGUCACACGCCCUCCUGCUGGGUCAGCUACGUGGGUUACAGAGAGGUCCGGGGCUGAGGCAAGUGUCCUGGGGGCUACGUGGCAUCGUAGGCCAUGCCUCCCGCUGUAGAGUCCCUGCUUCGAGUGACGCCCACCACCCCCUUCCUGCGCCCGUGGAGCCCUGGGGCUGAUGCCCAAUAAAGGCAGUCGGUGAA